UCCAGUGACCGUCCACAUGUCCAUGGUCGCAUCUCACUCUCCUCCGCCGCGUUGGCUCCUGCUCCGUCGCUUUUCCCCCCUUCGCCGCUUCUCCUCCGACCACCCCACCGCCGUCGCCUCCGCAUUCCUCCGCCAGAUCGCCGCCGCCUUCUACCGCCGCCGCGACCGCGACCCCGACCCCGGCCUCCUCCCCGUCUCCGCCGCCCUACGCACCACCCACGUUGAAUCCUUGCUCCACCUACUCCGCACCGACCCGCCCUCUGCUGUCCGCUUCUUCCGAUGGUCCGAGCGACAUCUACGCGCACCCCCUACCCUCCUCUCCCUCUCCAUCGCCGCCAUCUCCUCGCUACGCUGCCGCAUGUUCAGCGAAGCAGACAGUAUCGUCAACUGCAUGGUGCGGGAGUUCGACCUAAAGGAUGUUCUCUCUGUGUUCCCUGCACCUCCUCACCCGGAAGCUGGAAUGGCCUGUACAUGUUUGAUGAAAUGCUACAGUCGUGCUGGGAUGAUCGACCGAUCUUUCCAGGUUUUUUUGUGGGCUCGCAGGGUGGGCAUAUCACUUUCUUGGGUCGUUGUCUCAGAGGUCUUGAAUUCCUUAAUCAGUAUGGGUAAUAUGGAUGUGUUACUGAGCCAGGAAAGUUCAGACCUUUAUAGCACUGUGAUGAGUACUCUUCUGAAGAAAAGAUGCACUGAACAGAUCAUCUCGUACCAUUGGAACUUGGCGAAGAAAGGGUUUGUACCCCCCGUUCAUGAAUUGACCAAAUUUCUGAAUACUCUGUGCAAAGAGAAUCAGAUUGGCACGGCAUUUGAUCUGUUUUACUUGACUUUAGAAGUUGGUCCAAAGCCGAGCGUGGUGACUUAUAGCACUUUGAUUCAUGCUUGCUGUAAAGAGGGCAGGUUGGAUGAUGCCAUUGAGGUUUAUGAGCUGAUGGGAGAGAGGGGCAUAAAAUCUGAUUUGGUUGUGUAUAGUAUCUUGAUCCAUGCGUUCUGCAAGCAAGGAAGAACAGAGGAGGGGAAUAGUCUGUUUCACAAGGCCUUGACUAGUGGGAUUAAACCUGACGCCGUGGUCUAUAGUUCACUUAUCAAUGGCUAUGUUAGGCUUCGGGAGGUGCAGAAAGCAUUUGAGUUCUAUAAUAGGAUGGUUGAUGAUGGUGUAGCGGCAACAGCUAUUACAUAUGGCAUUCUGAUCCAUGGACUGUGUCAGGAUGAUAGAGUUGAUGAGGCUUAUGGGGUCCUAUCUUUGAUGGUGAAGCAGUUGCUUGAGCCAAAUGUUAUGACAUUUAGUGGCCUCAUAGAUGGUCUCUGCAAUAGUGGAAACUUGAGAGAAGCAUUUGCACUAUAUAACAAGGUGAUACAUUCGAAUUGCAAACCCGAUAUGAUACUUCAGAAUUUGCUUAUAAAGGGUCUCUGUCGGUGGGGCAAGAUUGAUGAUGCACUUAGAUUAUUUUUCAAGUUUGGCUUGGUAACUAACCUUGUUACGUAUAAUAUAUUAAUAGAUGGAUCUUGUUCAGUCAGCAGAUUCAAAGAUGCAGUUAGAUUAUACAGAUUAUUGAUAUUGAAUAAUGUUGAAGCUGACAUAGUUACUUUUACGGUGCUUAUCAAAGGAAUGGCAAGUGGUGGAAGGUUACAUGAUGCUGUAAAUUUAUUCUUUCAAAUCUUAAAAAGGGGCUUUGCACCGGAUGCAUUGAUGUAUUGCAGCUUGAUUGAUGGUUUCUGCAAGCUUGGUUAUCAACUUGCUGGCUUUAAAGUGUUUGACAUGAUGCAGAGAAAUGGUGUUCAGCCUGAUAUUUUUAUUUAUAAUGUUCUCAUCAAUUCUCUUUUCAAGGAGGGUCAAGUGGAUGAGGCACUGAAAUUGAUCACCCAGCUAAUAAAAGAGGGCUUCAAGCCUGAUGCUGUUACUUGUAAUACAAUAAUUUGUGGCUUAUGCUAUCUAGGAAAACUGGAUGAAGCUGUUGAAUUAUUUGGAAGAUGGAUUGGUAGAGUAUUUAAGCCAAAUACUAUAACCUAUACGAUUUUGAUUCAUUCAUAUUGCAAGGAAGGGAGAAUGGAGGAGGCACAACAAUUGUUCAGUAAGAUGGUUGAUCAUGGUGCGUGGCCUAAUGUGGUGACCUAUAGCUGUCUGGCAGAUGGCUAUUUCAAAGCUGAAAGAAUGGAGAAUGCCAUGGAGCUACAUGAAUCUAUGUUGGAACAUCGAAUCCUCCCAAACAUUAUUAGUUACAGUGUCCUGAUAGAUGGACUUUGCAAGAAAGAUUGCAUAGAGGAAGCAUGGUUGGCUUUUCAAUGUGCUACUAGCAGAGGUUUGUUGCCCGAUGUUGUGGCAUACACCAUUUUGAUCACUAAAUUAUGUGAAAUUGAAAGAUUAGUCGAAGCCAAGAUGUUCUAUGGUAGAAUGAUUCAAAAUGGUGUCAAACCAGACAAUUUUUUGUAUAGUAAACUUUUGCAUUGCUUAAAAGGAUAUGCUUGAACAACAAUUGAUGACCCUCAGUGAUUUACAGAGAGAUUAGAAAUUCCUUUACCUAUGUAUAAGGAGCAUUGUGUUGAAUUUCAAUUUUUCAUGGCUUUUUUUA